UUUUCGUUUCCCUCUUUCACCUGCAGGCUCGGGCACAACUGAAUACGUGAUAUCACCACUUUUUCGAAUUAGAUGAAAGAAAGUACUUAAGUAAGACAGCACUAAGGUGGGCCACAGCAUUUUUACCGGUACACUCACAUAAAGGGCUCUGAAAGUUUCAUCUACUCUAGCGACACACCGCAACAUCAUACGAAAGCAUCAAAACAAAAGAUUUCAGAGUUGGAGGAAUUUAGCCAUUGCCACGACUUCUUACGAGUAUAGAAAUUCUGUUUUUCGUCCACCUUUGUACGACUUCUUGUAUCACGCCUACCCCUUCAUCUACAACCGCGACAUUCUCUUUACCAGAAGCAUUCUACCAAGAUGGCGAACCCGCAGGACAUCGAUCUCUCUGGCUUCAACAUGGGCCAGAUGAUGAUGGACGAGUAUGGGAACCCGUUUGUGGUGCUGGAGGAGCAGGGCAUGAAGAAGCGGACCCACGGGCUGGAGGCCCACAAGCAGAACAUCAUCGCAGCGAAAGCCGUGGCGGAGACCGUGCGAACCAGUCUCGGACCCAAAGGCAUGGACAAAAUGAUCGUGUCACCGGUAUGGCGUUCUCAAAUGUUACAUUCUCAACUGUUACAUGAUUUGCCAUGCAAAAACGCUAUCUCUCUUAAGACGAUCAAGCCUUCUCCGCAUGACAACUUCUCGACGCGCUAGAUAGCAUUAUAAUCUACUCCAAACCUGUAAUGCAAAAGGCGCAACGUUUCCCCUUUCACUUUUGCCAUUCUUGCAUUACAAAUUUCAUGUAACAGUUGAGAAUGUAACGUUUGAGAACUCCAUAACCGGACGGGGACGUCACCGUCACAAACGAUGGAGCGACCAUCCUGGAAAAGAUGGACGUCGACAACCAGGUAUUAAGCGAUUUGCGAUGCCUAAACACGUCUCCAAACGCAAAUCCUAUUCAUAACAUGGUGCGAAGAUUCGACUAGUUCUUUCAUGCGCUGAUUGUGCCAUGACGUGAUGAAUACAAAAGUGAUUUGCCUAUCAACAACUACACACGUCGACCACAACAGAUCGCCAAGCUCCUAGUCGAUCUUUCUGUUUCCCAAGACAACGAAAUCGGCGACGGUACGACGGGCGUGGUGAUUAUGGCCGGGGCUUUGCUGGAACAGGCCCUGAAGCUCUUGGAAAAGGGCAUCCACCCGCUGCGAAUUGCCACGGGUUACGAAAAAUCCUGCGAGGUCGCAGUGAAGAGGUACUAGUUUUACCAAAAAAUUGUUUGCUUUGUAUACUGUUUUGCACCAUUAUGCAGUUGCAUUACGAUUACUAGGAGUAGGAAGUCGACCUAACAGGAUUGCAAAUCAAACAGUGUUCUUGGAUCAAUCUUUUCCUCAAAACAUAAUAUCAGAAUCCAAGAAAUCGCCCGGGAAAUGGACGUGAUGAAGGACGACUGCGCCGCGCUGAAGAAGGCCGCUGCCACCGCCCUCGGGUCAAAAAUCGUCAGUUCCCACCAGGCGCACCUCGCGGAGAUCUGCGUGGGCGCGGUUUUAUCCGUGGCCGACCUGGAGCGGAAGGACGUGAAUUUUGACUUGAUCAAGGUGGAAGGAAAAGUGGGUGGAAAGUUGGAAGAGACCAAAAUGAUCAAGGGGAUCGUGAUCGACAAGGACUUCGCCCACCCGCAGAUGCCGAAAGUCGUCGAAAACGCGAAGCUCGCGGUGCUGACCUGCCCGUUUGAGCCCCCAAAGCCCAAGACCAAGUACAAGCUCGACAUCCGCACGGCGGAAGACUACCGCAAGCUGCACGACACCGAGCAGAACUACUUCCUGGACAUGAUCCAGAAGAUCAAGGCCGCGGGGGCCGACAUGGUCAUCUGCCAGUGGGGUUUCGACGACGAGGCCACCCACCUCCUCUACCAGCACAAGCUGCCCGCGGUGCGCUGGGUCGGGGGCGUCGAAAUGGAACUGUUGGCGAUCGCGACCGGGGCCAGGAUCGUGCCGCGGUUCGAGGAAUUGAGUGCGGACAAACUCGGGUACGCCGGAAAAAUCACCGAGGUGCAGAUGGGCACAAACCGGGAACCCAUGUUGGUCAUCGAAGACUGCGGCAACACAAAAACCGUCACCGUGCUGGUACUAUUAGCUCAGAUGAUUCAGAUUCUAUUGCUUUUGAAUUUGAUGCUUGUAAAUGUGUGUACCCCUCUUGCCUGGAGACUGAAUGUUGAUGUGCAAGAACUAGCAGGGCUCAACCUCAACCACGAAAAAAACUUACCGGAAAGUACUUAGGCGUUAAACAAACAUCUCGUGCAUUUUUACAGGUCCGCGGUGGUAACAAAAUGGCAGUCGCGGAGGCAAAGAGGUGUUUGCACGACGCUAACUGCUGCGUCAGGAAUCUGAUUGUGAACCCGAUGAUCAUCCCUGGAGGAGGUGCGUCCGAAAUCGCCGCCUCGUUAGCCAUCGUCGAAGCCUCAGACAACGAACCCACUGUGGAUCAAUACAGCAUGAAAGGUACAGAGAAUUUUUUACUUACGUAUUGUUGCAUAGUACUCCAGAACAUUUGUUUUUGAGAUUGCUGAGGCGACAUUGGGUCCUCGUGGUGUGCGCACUCAAAGAGGGUCUUGGUCACUUUUUCUUUUUUGCAGCACGCACCAGCAGCUGAAAGCUGUCUAUUCUAAAAAGAAAGAUUAAGAUCGCGACCCAUUUAUUACGACUACACAGCCUUCGCCGACGCGUUGGACACGAUCCCGCAGAUCCUGGCGGAGAACAGCGGUCUCCCGUGCAUCCAGACGGUAACGGACUUGAAGGCAAAGCAGAUCGACACGAAGAAUGGGUGGUUUGGCGUGGACGCCAUGUGCAAGGGCACCAACGACAUGUGGGACCAGUCUGUGUACGAAGCCCUCUCCUCGAAGUGCAACCAGUUCCGGUUGGCCAUAUGAACUGCAAAAAUGUCUGGGUCUGGGAGAUUGCGAGAUUUGUCAUGCUUGUCUGGCAUGACUCUGAACUCUGUGUUGCAUGGCCGCGAAGAGCUCCUCCUCCCUGUCAUGCAAAAACGCAGUUUCUCAUGCGGAGUACGCAACUGAGAACCAUGGAAAAAACUUGUCAUGCUUGGCAGCGCAUUAUAGUGAGUUCACUAAUAUUCCCUUUCUUGCAUCACAAGUUCCCAGACCCAGACAUAUUUGCAAUGCAUAGGCCACCCAGGUGGUAAAAAUGAUCCUCAAAAUCGACGACGUGAUCUGCAUAUCCUGUGCAAAAGUAUCGUACUCGUAUUGCAAUCAUGCAUUACAAAUCCUUUUGCUAAGGUAAAACUGCAUUACAAAUGUUAUUUCUCAUGCUGAGGAAAUUUGUAAUGCAUUUAUACGAAUACGAUACUUUUGCAGUUCAUACUGCAACGCCGACAGCUUCUAACCACUUCUUCUGCCGAGGAAGAUUAUGUUGAUCUACAACUCGGGGAAGUCGAAGUCGUUUCAGAAGUGACAUGAACGUCAGCAGUUGUACUUACGAAUACGACCGUCGAGGAUUUGGUGCAAGAGGAGGAACAAAAUGUUGGCUGUUGCUGCAGAAGUACUUUUCAGCACGGAUUUUUUUCAAAAUCUAUAUGACGUUUGACGAGGCACCGCCACAACACUUUUUGUUCUUUGGGAGCGCGCAGGAGUACAAUACGGUUCUUGUUGGGACGAUAUUAUCAUGGUAAUCUACGACUUUUUAAGAUCUACAAAGAAAACAUCGAUAGCGAUGUAGAAGUCGGCAGCGGAACAUCAAACAAGGGCUUCCACAACGGGGUGGAACAAUCUUCAACUGUGAAGUUGCUAGAUGUCGAGUUUGUUCUGCGAUCUUUCUGAAAAAAACGAAACAACCAUGGACGAAGAUGUUUGUUCUGCAGAGGAAGUCAGGAGAUCUGGCCGUUCUUCAGGCACCAGUGUUGAAUUAACGAUGUUCAUCCACCCUUUGACCGAAGACUGUGACCGACCGGUAAGUUCUAAAAUAGCACCUCUCUCACAUGAAAAAG